AUGAAAUAUGCUAAGAAUUUAACAUCAGAUCAUAAAAUAAUUAACGGAACAAAAACGAGAAGAGCUGACACCGAUACUUCUGAUUACAAUUAUGAUGACCUUCCAAAACUGACCUCCGAUGUUUUGAAGAUCGAUACAGGAGACACAAGUAAAGUAAUGACUACUGUUACAGAAAAGAUACCACAAACAUCGAACAAAAUUAUAAAAACAAAGUCACCAAAAACAGCAAAUAAAGACCUUAUUCAAAACACAGCGACCCUCCCGACAACAGUAAAACCGUUUAUGAAAAUAACAAAUCAAACAAAAAACACAAAAUAUCAAACAAACAAUGAUAUCCCUAAAUUUGUGAAUAAGAACAAAGUACAGAAAUUUAGAAAUUUCAUGGAAAAGAACAAGGGCUUGUUGAAAAACUUUCUGGACAACAAAAUGAAGGAGACUUCGAAAAUAACUUCAAAGAGUCCACUGCGGCAGAAUGAGCUCGAUUUAGACAAAAUCGCGAACUCUGUCGAGAGUUCUUCGGAAGUUGGUGGCGCGAUACGAAACGUUGAUAAAUUAUAUAAGAAAGAUGAACUGCCGCUAGCGAGUCCUGACUUGUUAGACUUAGCACCGGCCAGAGGUGGACGCAUACACCAACAGAGAGUCAAGGGUCGUCUGUGUCAGCGUCACGUGUUGGUCCCUGAAGGUCCCAAGUACGACAGUCAAGGCAAGUGGUACCUGCCAGCUCACAAGCUGAUCGUACGUCGACCUUACAAUGUAACUCACCGACCCAAGCUUGUGUUGCCUCGAUGUUGUAACUGUUGUAAGAAGUCUGUUCUAGGAUGCGAGUAG